GCCGUGGAAUACUUUGCAGAAUGGUCCCUGAUGCCUGACAUCACAGUCUAUCAACGUGUAGACAGCGACGAUCUCCGGCCCUCGGAGUUUGGCGAUCGGGACAAAUGGUUCAGUGAAACCCUCGCCAAAAUCCCAUUUGAGCUCUGGACGGAUCGCUUUGACAAAGGUCUUCUUAGGGCGGUUGUAGAACUCCUCUUCCCCUCUGCGAGUUCGCAACACCCCAGCAGCGCCAAUCACGACUUCUCUCCUGAGUGGGUUUCUGGCAAACAGCUGACUUUCAAAGCAUCUCCAUCUGCAACACAAUCUUCAACAUCUGGAGUUUGUGAAAUUGAGACUUCUAGCGAUUCGGACACCCCAACAGAUGUCAGUGCAAGCAAUGGUGAUAGUCACGUUAACUCGGAUGCCGAACACUCCAGUGACAUAGAAUCUGGCGAGAAAAGAGGGCAUUCGGAUGUUCGACGAAAGGGUGAAAUGAAGGAAGACAAUGCUCGUUUGAACUCCUUGGCUUUGCGUAGUCCGGACAGAGUGGAGUGCAUGCAAUUUGGAAAGGAGUUGCCAUCUAAUUUGGUGCCUUAUUACACACCUCCUUCUUCUUUCGUGAUUCCUGAAGUUGAAACUCACACUGAUUUGCCCUCAGCAUCACCCUCGUCUCAGGUUAGUUGGCUAUUUUCAUAUUACGCUAUGCCAAAUGACACAUUCACGAGAGUUUCUAGUUUAGUGUGGCGAGCUGUUGGAUUAAUUGAAUGGUUGUUCAUAUCUCACUUUAGUUCGUUUGAAUCUUCUUUCUGUCUUGUGCAGAAGUUUGAUUUUGCGCAUUUCAGGCAAAUGGCUAAGGAAAUUAAUCUGCGUCUGGCUUCAAUGACGAAUUCCCCGAUAAGUCUCGGUUCUCGAUCGCGCGCAUUUGAUUCUCCUAAUCACCCAUUAACUCCCAACUCUAGCCACUCAACACGUAGAAUCUCUGACGUGGUUAUUCCUAACGAUUCUCGAAGACAUUCGACUCAAUCGACUCAAUCACAGUCUCAAUCUAAGAGCACAAAACCUACUCUGAGCGCAAUAAUCGACAGCUGGUUCAUGGACUCCGGAAGACCUGAAGAUGAAUCUGAUCCCCAAGCCCGGAAACGUCGCAUGGAGUUAGAAUUUUCAGAGAAUCAGCGCUUCAUAAACGAUAGCGUUGCCUUAAUUCGCAAGGGUAACCAGCCGGGUGUAUUUUCUCGACGUCGACUCCAAAAGCUCCUCGAGGAGGAGAUAUAUCGCAACCUGACUCUAGCGCUCACUAAUGGCAACGUUGGACAUCCUGUUCCCAACGAUCGGUGUCACAUUUCUGAUGUGUUCCUUGACUCCUGGGAUCAGUACAAAGCCUACGUCUGGCUCUUCAACCAACUUAGCACUGGAAUCCGUCAAAGUUGCCGACCCCUCACGAACACCUUUAUCGAUUCACGAGGUGACGUGGUCUCCGCAGUUGGGCUGGCGAGUGCCUUUCGCGGCCUCUUCACCUCCCAAGCAGAACGCGAACGAUUGGCGCGUGGGGGUAUUUGCAGUGCUUUCAGCCUCCUCGAGAUGGCCCACACACAUCGUCACCUGCUGCCCAAGAGGCGAUUGAAUAACUCGAUGGUGCCUACGCCUACUACUCCGAAAAAGAGUGGAACUGCAACUCCGGCUUUCGCCGCCUCUGUGCCAACUUCACCCAAUCAUGCAAUCAUUGUGAAUAUCUCCCCAAAGAUUGAACUCCGAGAAAAUGACAAUUCCGAAACUUCUGGCAAAACUUUUCUCCCCCACGCGGAGUCGAAACCCGACUCCCAAUAUCCCAGUCAACGAUUUGAUCCAAAUCAUCAAUUUAGUCUGCAAUACCUUCGGGAUAUGCCUGAUUUCGUAGAGCUUUCUCAAAAGCUACGGACUCGUCUUGCUGAGGCCUUCAAAAAUAGCAUGGCUAAUCAGACCCCACAGGUCUCGAACACAUUUAAUGAGGCCCACGAUCAGCACCAGCCGCAGCACCUUGGGGCUUAUCUUACGCGUGAAGCUGCUCUGCGUUUAUCACAGCGUCUACUGGCAAGAAAUAAUCAAAUUUCCUUUCAAAUGACUCAGCAAAAGCCUGCGAGAUCACGAACCCGGAGAUCUCGUCAUUUCCUUCACUCAUCACACACUGUGGACGACGAUAGUGAAACCCUGGGUGGUGGAAAUUGGGGAUUGGAGCAUUAUCGGGAGUCGGGAAACUGUCGUGAGCCGAUAGGUUCUUCACGACGUUCCUCCGUGGCUAGAAGAAGACCCAACACAGAUUCAAUUGCAACCUUCAAUGUGAUCAAUACUCAGAACUCGACUGCCUCUCAACUCCUCUCUGUUGCUGAGCGAAAACCUCCUGCAGAAGAAGGCAAUGGCAAUCUUACAGCCUCCAGUGAAAUCUCUAUGGAUAUGGUGGAGGAUGUUGUACUUCUGCCGCCCUUCAAGAGUGUUGUCUCGCUUGGCUACAGGUAUCGGCACGGUCGUCUAUUCCAAAUGGCCUCCCACGUUUCCCCGACAGUAGAAACAGCUCCCCCCUGUAUCUCAGUCCCAACUCUUCGAAUCAGCCUUGCUGAACAACGAUCAACCAGCACAGCUCGGCGACCCAGCACCUCGUUCACACCUGAAAGCCAGUCAGAAGUUUCCGAUGUUUCAUCGGAAACAACGAAUUUAGAAGAAGUUGGAAUACAAGAUCUUAAACCUGAUCAACUACGAUCCAAGAUUGGCCAAACUUACUUGUUUGAGGAAGCUAUGGUUAAUUCUAUGGAAUCUAAGUUGUGGACAAGUAUGCAAUUCUGGGAGGAUCUAUUUCUUGACACAGUGGCCCAGGAGAGAGAUCUAAUGGGAAUGGAUUUUGAUCCAACUGGACAACUGCAGCACUACUCACAGCUUGGGACAAUUAGUAAGAAGAGUUUGGAGUUGGCUGAAGACUCCCUGCUUACAGGAGUGAUGCAUAACCUUAUCGCCUUCAUGGUCAUGGCACAGGUUCCCUCUGAUCUCAUUCGAAGGAAGAUUCGUCGACUUAUCGCUAAGAGCCAUACAGGCUUGCAUUAUACACAGAAGAUUACUCAUUUACUUGAUUGUCUUGAAUGGCUGAGAGGUAAUGACAUUGAUCUUCUACCUAUUGGCAGUCGACAGAAUGCACCUGAAACGUUUAGUGUAUGUCUGGAAUGCGAGGAGUACACUAAAAUGCGGAUGAUGGAGAUCUACGCCGAUUUCUUUUUAAUUCGCUCGAUGGAAGGAGAUGUGCUGUUUCGCUGGUGGUAUGAUGAAAUCAUCAAUGUAACAACGUCAUCACAGCAGAGUAUAAUCGUCUUCAAAGUUCUCAUUAACAAACAGCGUCGUCCAUUCCUAGUCGCUGCUGUUGAUUCAUAUACUCUCUUCACGUCGAUAGCAAGAGCUAUUAAUCAAGCAAGGGCGAAGAUUCCACAAGGAAAAAUUUUGGACAAGUUGGGUGGAAACGUGAAUGUUGUCAAUAAGGAGACAGGCGAGCCGGGCAAUAUCUUCCUCGACCCUAAUGGGUUCAAGAUCACUUUCGGUUCCAAAUCGCACCAUAUUCCCCUUGAUCAAGUGAAAAUGUGCAGAAUCCAAGAUGAGGAUACCUUUUCAUUCGAGGUUGCUGGACAAGAUCCCGAUGCUUCAAUAUGGACCUUCAAAACAGACUUGGGCGCAGUCCUGUUGAAUCAAUGGGAGCGUCUAAUUAGUGUAGCCCAGGCAAAGAAUCUACUGAACGCUUUCAGUGGUGUAACAACACCAACAUCCCCACGGUCAAGAACUUCCUCCACAAAUAAUAUGAACACCGUUUUUGAGCGAUGA